AUGAUUUCUAGUAUCAGAAUAGGACUUAGGGCUCCCACUCCCACUGCAUGGUCCCAUCUCAGAUCAAUCAAUAGAAUACCCAUAAAUCCAAUCAAAUUAUCAAUAAAUCAACCAUCUUUUAGAUCUAUAAGAUUCCAAUCAACUAAUUCAUCAACAAGCUCAACCACCAAUAAACCAAUAAUACAACAAGAUGCCAAACUAUCCCCACAUGAUUCCAAAGCCUCCGGGUUCAGUGAUAUCAAAAGAUUAUUCCAAUUAGCUAAACCAGAAACAAAACCAAUGAUUGGUGCUUUAUCUUUAUUAUUAAUAUCAAGUGCUAUAUCAAUGUCUGUCCCUUUAAUUAUUGGUAAAUUCUUGGAUUCAGGUAAUGUCGCAGAUCCAAAUCAAGAAACUUUAAUAUAUGGUCUUUCAAUGAAUCAAUUCUUUAUGGCUAUUGGUGGUGUAUUCAUAAUUGGUGCUAUUGCAAAUUCUGGUAGAGUUAUUAUCCUUAAAACAAUUGGUGAAAAAUUAGUUGCAAGGUUAAGAACCAAAACUCUUAAAUCUUCAUUAGAACAAGAUUCAAAAUUCUUAGAUAAUAAUCGUGUAGGUGAUUUAAUUUCAAGAUUAAGUUCUGAUGCAACUAUAGUUUCAAAAUCAGUUACUCAAAAUAUAAGUGAUGGUAUAAGAGCUAUAAUAAGUGGUGGUGUUGGGUUAACAAUGAUGAGUCUUGUUAGUUGGAAAUUAACUUCUAUAAUGGGAUUAUUAGCUCCACCUUUAGGUGUAAUGGCUUUUUUUUAUGGUCGUAAAAUUAGAAAUUUAUCAAGAGAUUUACAAAAAUCUAUUGGUGAUUUAACAAAAGUUGCCGAGGAACAAUUAAAUUCUACAAAGACAAUUCAAGCUUAUGGUAAUGAAAGAAUUGAAGUUUCAAAAUAUUCACAAAAUGUUCGUGAAGUUUUCAAUAUUGGUUAUAAAGAAGCAAAAUUAUCUGGUAUUUUUUUCGGUACUACUGGUUUCAUUGCAAAUAUUGGAUUAAUUACAUUAUUAGGUAUUGGUUCAAAUAUGAUUAAAAAUGGUACUUUAACAGUAGGAGAAUUAAGUUCAUUUAUGAUGUAUGCAGUUUAUACAGGUUCUUCAAUGUUUGGACUUUCAAAUUUUUAUUCAGAAAUUAUGAAAGGUGCAGGUGCUGCUGCAAGAAUUUUUGAAUUAAAUGAUAGAAAACCUGAAAUUUCAUUAACAAAAGGUUUUAUCCCCACUCCACAAGAUCUUAAAUCAACAAUUGAAUUUCGUAAUGUUGAUUUUAAUUAUCCAACAAGACCAAAUAUUCAAAUUUUUAAAAAUUUAUCAUUAAAAAUUUCACCGGGGGAACAUGUUUGUAUUGUUGGACCAAGUGGUUCAGGUAAAUCUACAAUUACUCAAUUAUUAUUAAGAUUUUAUGAUAUUAAUAAAGGUGAAAUUUUAAUAAAUAAUACAAAUAUAAAAAAUUUUAAUUUACGUCAAUUUAGGAAAAAAAUUGGUGUUGUUCAACAAGAACCUGCAUUAUUUUCAGGUACUAUUUUGGAUAAUAUAACAUAUGGUGUUAAGAAUUAUAACCAAGAAGAUUUAAAUAAAGUUUUAAUUCAAGCAAAUGUCUUAAAUUUUAUAAAUGAAUUCCCAGAUAAAUUAAAUACUAUUGUUGGACCAAGAGGUACACAAUUAUCAGGUGGUCAAAGACAAAGAAUUGCAUUAGCAAGAGCCCUAUUAUUAGAUCCUUCUUUAUUAAUAUUGGAUGAAAGUACAAGUGCUUUAGAUACAAAAUCUGAAAAAAUUAUAAGUGAAACUUUACAUAAUAGAUCAUUAUUAGGUAAAACAACAAUAUCAAUUGCUCAUAGAGUUAGUACUAUAAAAAAUAGUUCAAGAAUUAUAGUUAUUGGUAAAGAAGGUAAAGUUGUUGAAACUGGUUCAUUUAAUGAAUUAAUUGAAUUGAAAAAUUCAUUUUUAAAUCAAUUAUUAAGUAAAAAUGGUGAACAAGAAAAUGAUGAGUUUCAACAACAACAAGUUGAAAUUAAUGAAGAAAUUAUUGAAGAAAUUAAUGAUCAAGUUGAUGAACAAGUUGAAAAAGAUUUAUCAUUGAAUAAAUAA